GAUGACGUCUGCUGAACUUGUCCGUUUUGAAAGGCUUUUAGAGCAACUGGUUAGAUUAGUUGAUACGUUCCGCUGGAUUGUCGACGCUCAAUGCAUAGAAUUUUUCUCACGUGACUUGUGGGAAAAGCUGCCACGAAGUUGGCAACUUUCGCUAACAAAUGUGACAUAUACGGAGUUAGCCUUAAUAUUGCAGGGUAGACAAAGCUCUAGGUGGAUUGGACCUUUGUCUCUGUUGGCAUUGGUAAAAGCAGUAUGUGCAUUGUCUCUUCCAAGACAGAUUGUGGAUGUGAAAACCAUAGUGAGGACUGUGGAGAAAGCACAUGCAACAGCAGAUACACAGCCGGAUAGCCACAAAAUCAGUUCUGAAGAAAUUGUGACUCACUCAUUUUCGAGACACGUCAAGCCCAAGAAACUUCAUGAAAUUGAACACUUGGGACAGUUGGUUUCCGGUCUGUGUGAGAGAAAAGGAGUCGAUCGUGUUCUGGAUGUAGGUUGUGGUCAGGGUCACUUGUCUAGGCUGCUUGCUUAUCGCUAUGGUUUAAAUGUUUCGGGCAUCGAAGCUAUUGGAAGACACAUUGAUGAAGCACAAUCUCUGGAUCAAUGCAUAUUGAUUGACAAGAAUAAACAAGAAAGGAGACAGCAGGAAACAACAUCUCCAAAGCUAAUGAAGGAACAGAAAUUUUCUAGUGGGAAACUGCAAUACAUCACUUGUGAGAUUUCUCCUACUAUCUGUCCCAAAGAAUUCAUAAGCUGCUUGGACAGAUGUCAGGCAAUUCAGUCUCAUAGCGGAAGACUACCAUCUGCUGUGCAGCAAAGUCAAAGUAACAAGAACCCAUUCUUUCUCACGGGAUUGCAUACAUGUGGUGAUUUGGGACCAACAAUAUUGAAACUUUUUGCUUGUUGCCACGAAGCACAGCUUCUGGCAUUGGUGAGCUGUUGCUACAUGAAAAUGGAACACUUGGAUUGUUCUGAUGAGGAUGAGGCAAGGGAAAUAAAUUAUGGCUAUUCAUAUCCACUGAGCUCAUCUUUGCGUAAACUACCUGCUCACCACCUUAGCUAUCGUGCCAAGGAAUUGGCAUGUCAUAAUAUUGAUGGAUACUGUCAGAGACUCAAAGCCAAUGAUACUACAUUAAAACUUCACUGCUACCGGGCAGCAGUACAAUGUCUUCUCAACAAAAAGUUUCCAGGCUGUGCACACAAGAACAUUAGAACAAUCAGACGAGGUGGACAAUUGGGAAUUACAGAAUACGCCAAGCAAGCUCUCAUGAAGAUUGGUUUGCCCGCAGAUCUAACACCUGAAGAUGUGCAACUGCUGGAGUCAUUAAUAAAGUAUGAGGUACAUGCAGUGGCUUUCUACUGUCUCCACUUGAUGUUUGGCCCAAUUGUGGAGACAAUACUUCUUCUUGACAGACUUCUGUUCUUGAAGGAACAAGGACUAUCAGCAAGUGUACUGCCAUUAUUUGAAUCAUCGCAGUCUCCAAGAUGUCAUGUUAUUGUUUGCAGUAAAUAAGUCUCAAAGACAUUAUGGGUAGCAGGUUGUUGUUCAACUGCACCCACAUAAUCCACAGAAUCAAACUGACUUGUUUUUCCAUGCUCCCCAAAGAGCAACCUCUUUUCAUACUUACUUUCUCAAUAAUAAACUACCUAAUUUGGAAACUUGGUUACAGCAUGUAUGCGUGG